CCGUCACCCAAUUUCGUAUCAAAUGGCCCAAUAGGUACACCUUCCAACAAUCCGCCAUCCGUAACAUCACUUAUGCAGCCACUGAGUGAGCGGGCAAGCAGUACACCGCCCGUUAUGGCAGCAUCCCCGGCGUCGGCCACAUCUGGCACAUCGGUGCCGGUGAAUGUUAGUGCAGCGUCCAGUGGUGUUGGUUCGUCCAUAGGUGGCACUUUGACUACACUAACAUCAACAGCAUCCUCCUCAACCACUCCAGUGUCUGCGGCGCCACCAAUGAGUGCCGCCGUCAACACCAGCAGCAAUGGCGCAACGCUGACGCAGCAGCAGCAACAGCAACAACAACAAAUAUCGAUGGGUAAAGGUGGCAAUAGCAAUAGCAGCAGCAGUACCAGUGCAGCAGCCACUACUACCUCGACGUCGACUGUGAUGAGUUCGCGUCCUUCCUCUAGCAGUAAUCUGUCAUCGCAAAUGGCCGCAUUGGAAGCCGCGGCACGUGCUAACGAUGAAACGCCACCUUCACCCAGUGCGGACUCUGGCGGUGAGAGCGGUAACGCUUCUAAAGGCAAGCUAGAUUCCAUCAAGCAAGAAGAUGAUAUCAAAAAAGAGUACAUGGAAGAUGGCAGUGGUGGCGCUGGAGACAAUUCCCAGAUGGACUCGCAAUCAUCCGCAGGUGUUGGCAAAAAUGUAAAUAAUGAUGGCACCAAUGUGAAGGUUGAAAUCAAGACUGAAGAUGGAGAUGCUGUAAUAAAAGCCGAACCAAUGGAUACUGAUGAUAAUGGCGGUGCCAAUGGUGUAGGCGGAAGUGGAAACGCCAGCGGUGGAGAUAGUAAAGAUGAGGCAAAGGCAGCUGCUGAUGGCGAAACUAAAAUAAAGUCAGAAACAAAGCCAGUAGUACCAGAACCACUUAUGCCAAACGCAGGCGACAAAAAGAAGAAAUGCGUAUUUAAUCCCGAGGAGCUAAAACAGGCGCUAUUACCAACCUUAGAUAAGUUGAUACGACAUGAACCGGAAUCAGCGCCCUUCCGUUGUCCCGUGGAUCCGCAAAUGCUUGGCAUACCAGAUUAUUUUGACAUUGUUAAGAAGCCAAUGGACUUGGGUACCAUACGCAACAAUCUCAUGAACGGGAAAUACAAUGAUCCCUGGGAGUACGUCGACGAUGUCUGGUUAAUGUUUGAUAAUGCUUGGCUCUACAAUCGAAAAACCUCUCGUGUCUACCGAUACUGCACAAAAUUAUCCGAAGUGUUUGAGCAAGAAAUUGACCCAGUGAUGCAAGCUUUGGGCUACUGUUGUGGACGUAAAUACACAUUUAAUCCACAGGUGCUAUGUUGUUAUGGAAAACAACUUUGCACAAUACCCCGUGAUGCCAAGUAUUACAGCUACCAAAAUAGUCUAAAGGAUUAUGGUGUUGCCUCAAACAGAUACACCUUCUGUCAAAAAUGCUUCAACGACAUUCAAGGAGACACGGUCACAUUGGGUGAUGAUCCGCAGCAGUCGCAGACUCAAAUACGUAAAGAUCAGUUUAGAGAGAUGAAAAAUGAUCACUUAGAAUUAGAGCCGUUUGUCGAUUGCCAGGAAUGUGGUCGCAAGCAACAUCAAAUUUGCGUCCUUUGGCUAGAUACGAUUUGGCCGGGUGGUUUCGUGUGUGAUAACUGUCUGAAAAAGAAGAAUUCCAAACGAAAGGAGAACAAGUUUAAUGCUAAGCGUUUGCCCACUACAAAACUUGGUAUUUACAUUGAAACGCGUGUGAAUAACUUCUUGAAGAAGAAAGAAGCUGGUGCUGGUGAGGUUCACAUCCGCGUUGUAUCGUCGUCGGACAAAUGCGUAGAAGUAAAACCGGGCAUGCGUCGACGAUUCGUCGAUAAUGGCGAAAUGUCUUCAGAGUUUCCUUAUCGUGCGAAAGCGUUAUUUGCCUUUGAGGAGGUGGACGGCGUCGAUGUGUGUUUCUUUGGCAUGCAUGUGCAAGAAUAUGGAUCGGAAUGUCCACAACCGAAUACACGGCGCGUUUAUAUUGCCUAUUUGGAUUCGGUGCAUUUCUUUAGACCGCGUCAGUAUCGUACCGCAGUGUAUCACGAAAUUUUGCUAGGCUAUAUGGAUUAUGUCAAGCAACUUGGUUACACAAUGGCGCACAUUUGGGCUUGUCCACCAUCCGAGGGCGACGACUACAUUUUCCAUUGUCACCCGACGGAUCAGAAAAUACCAAAGCCGAAACGUUUGCAGGAAUGGUACAAAAAGAUGUUGGACAAGGGCAUGAUUGAGCGUACCAUACAGGAUUACAAAGAUAUUUUGAAGCAGGCCAUGGAAGAUAAAUUGACUUCAGCGGCUGAGCUGCCCUACUUCGAGGGAGAUUUCUGGCCCAAUGUACUGGAAGAAAGUAUAAAAGAGUUGGACCAGGAGGAAGAGGAGAAACGCAAACAGGCUGAAGCAGCAGAAGCGGCAGCAGCGGCCAAUAUAUUCUCCAUUGAAGAUAAUGAAGUGAGCGGUGAUGGCAAGAAAAAGGGGCAAAAGAAAGCGAAAAAGUCAAAUAAAUCGAAAGCUGCACAGCGCAAAAACAAUAAGAAAACCAAUGAACAGCAGACAGGCAAUGACCUCUCUGCCAAGAUCUAUGCCACAAUGGAGAAGCACAAGGAGGUGUUCUUUGUGAUACGUCUGCACUCGGCGCAGUCAGCUGCAAGCUUAGCGGUAAGCGCAUUCUUUAAAAAUAACUAUACCCAUGCCUGCCUCAUACAUGUGCGCAGUGUUUUCUUGACGUCGUUCUGAUUGCGUUAUCAGUAAAUUUGCGAACUUU